AUGGAGCGGGGGCUGUGCGCCUUCGGGGACCCCAAGGUCGAACUUCAUGUCCACCUGGAUGGAGCCAUUAGACCAGAAACAAUCUUGCACUUUGGCAGGAAAAGAGGGGUUCCUCUCCCUGGAAGCACUGUUGACGACCUCCUGAAGCAUGUCAGCUACAAAACACCACUGACACUUACCCAGUUUCUAGAAAAGUUUAACCACUACAUGCCUGCUAUUGCGGGGGACCGCGAGGCGGUGAGGAGGAUCGCCUACGAGCUCGUGGAAACGAAAGCAAAAGAAGGCGUCAUCUACGUGGAGGUCCGGUACAGCCCUCACCUCCUGGCCAACUGCCGCGUGGAUCCCAUCCCCUGGGGCCAAACCGAGGGAGACCUCACUCCAGACGAAGUCGUUAACCUCGUAAAUCAGGGACUACAGGAUGGAGAAAGGGAUUUCCGCAUCAAAGCCAGGUCUAUUCUAUGCUGCAUGCGCCAUAUGCCAAGCUGGUCUCCGGAGGUGGUGGAGCUCUGCAAGAAGUAUCGAAACAACUCUGUGGUGGCCAUCGACCUGGCUGGGGAUGAGUCCCUGAAGGUGGAGAACUCCUCCGAGCAUAGGAAGGCUUACGAGGAAGCUGAAAGAUGCGGGAUUCAUCGUACCGUCCAUGCUGGGGAGGCCGGCCCGCCUGCCAGGAUCAAGGAGGCAGUUUAUCUCCUGAAGGCUGAGCGCAUUGGCCAUGGCUACCAUGUCCUGGAGGACCCCGACCUCUACAAGGAGCUGCUGAGAGCAAAGAUGCAUUUUGAGGUCUGCCCUUGGUCCAGCUAUCUCACUGGAGCAUGUCUUCCGGACUUUGGGAAACACCCAGUAGCACAAUUUAGGAAGGAUCGCGCUAACUAUUCCAUAAACACGGAUGACCCCCUCAUCUUUAACUCCAAUAUCGACAAGGAUUACAGCAUAGUGAAGGACUACAUGGGCUUCACUGAAGAGGAGUUCAAGAGAGUGAACAUCAACGCAGCUCAGUCCAGCUUCUUACCUGAGAAGGAGAAGCAGGAACUGCUGAACACGCUGUAUGAAGCCUAUGGGAUGGUCCCCAACGCAUCGUGA